AUGCACCCUGCACAGCCCACCGGCACUGUUGUCGUGACCAAUAUUGCUAAAAGAUUUGCUUGCUACCGCUGCAGAGACCUUAAGCUCCGAUGCCCGCGGAACUUUGAAGAUGAACCUUGUGAACGCUGCCUGCGUGUAGACGCUCACUGCGUCACCAGCAGCGGUCGACCGCUGGGUAGACGGCCAGGGCAGACCGAAUCUCACGUCGACGUGGCCGUCUGUCCAGCUAGCCGUCACCCCCAAUACAAACGACAAAAAGUUACCGGAGAUUCUCCCGCCACAGCCAGGGCCCGCAGGACGGUAGGAGCUUCUGAUGCUUCUGCGAUACCAAGUCACAGCCCGGCUAAGCCGAUGCACGCGUCCUACCAACACCACCCGAGUGUUCCCACGGAUCCUGGCCUAUCUCAGUUCGACGGCAUGCCGGACAUGCGACUGGAAGACAUUCAUGACCCUUACGACCUUCUAGAACCAAGCACGGGGACCACAUGUCCUAUGAACCAGGGAGACGGCUUCCCCGCGACGGGUUCUGGGGAUCCGCCGCCCUUUGUCGAAUCGCCCCACUGGUCCGCCCAAAGUAUCCCAAACCUGGACGAGUUCUGCGACUAUGACAUCGGGGCGCCUGACAUGCAGCCGAGCUUAUACGGCGAGCCCCACGGCAGCAAUUGCGUACGGACAGACACCGCGAACAUGAGCCGCAACAGCAGAAACGGCACCGACACGGGGUCAACAACCCCGAGGCUCGACAGCGACUGGACGAUGCCCCUGAUCAAUGCGUUAGGAAGCAUCUCGUGCCAGCUGGCCGAGCUGAGGAUGCAAGCAUGCGACCUAUCCUCUCAGCCGGCCGGGGCCUGCACGUUCGAAGGCAUCAUUGUCCAGUGGCCGUAG